AUGGUCCUCAUCUCCAACAUCGUGACCCUUCUGGUCACGGCAGCCAGCGGCUACGCCGUCUACUUCUCGGCUCAGUCCAUCCCGAAGCUUCAAAAGUAUGAGCAGACAGCCGAGAAGGCUGCCGAAUGGAGCAGCACCGCCAAGAAGCAGCUCUGGGAUACCCGCUACACCGUCGGCGCCGGCUUCAUCUUUUCCCUCUUCUCACUCUACAACGGCCUGAGCUUCGUGCUCUUCACCUCUAGCAAGCUUGUCUUCCGCAACACCGCCUGGGCUCUCGUCCUCGCCGCCGGCUCGUACGGCAUCAGCCUCUACAUGCGCUCGUACUGGAACACCAAGGCCAAGAUUCCCAUGCUCGAGGAGUACAAUCGCGCCAUUGAAGACUCGACGCAGGUGGCCAAGGCACUGGAUGUCCUUGUUCUAGGGUGGUUGGUCGUGGCCCCACUGAAGCUCUUCGGCGUUUAG